AGUGUGAAUUAAAAAAAUAAACAGUUGUGGAUCAUAGAGUAAAACCUAACAGUACACUUGAAAUUCGGAUUACGAAGUCCAGUGUUUUGGUUUGGGCUGGGGUCCGCAAUACAAUAGCCACCAUCACCAUGGCUGCUUCCACACACUUACCCAAGCUCAUUUCGAUCUGAGCCGUCCAUCAACCGUCGAACUCACUCGAAACCCAAAACCCAAAACCCCUCUCUCUCGCCGAUCCUCCGCCACUGGAUGAGUCGCCUCUGCACUCAAUGACCCUCUGCGCCAGAGCUUCAAAAGCUUUAGCCGCCACUGCCUCCUCCGCCUCCGCCGUACACCACCGUCCUCUCAAGGUACGCCAUUUCUUCGCCCUCUCUGGGUCUUCCCACAACUGCUCCUCAAUUACUUCUCUACCCACCACAGCUUUCUCCCAAACGCAUUACCGGGACCUUAUUUUCGACACCAUUGACGAAAAGCCCUGGGCUUUUUGCAACUCCAAGUGGGUCUCCGAUCGUUUCCAAGCUGUUAUUGUCGACCCCGACUUGUUUGUUCGAGUCCUCGUCGAGAUUAGGACCCGACCCAGAAUCGCUCUGAGGUUUUUCCGAUGGGUCGAGGGCCAACCGGGUUUUAAAAGAUCCGAGUUUGCGUUCUGUGUGAUUCUUGAGAUUCUGGCUCACAACAAUUUGAUGAGGCCGGCGCAUUGGGUUAUGGAGAGGGUGAUUAGUGUAAAUAUGCAUGGGAUUGUGGAUGUUUUGAUUAAUGAGUAUGUGUUUUCGAAGGUCUCGUUGAAGCUUCUCGAUCUCUUGUUCUGGGUUUAUACAAAAAAAUCGAUGCUUGAGCAAUGUCUCUGGAUUUUCGAUAAGAUGGUUCGAAACCGGUUGUUGCCAGACGUGAAGAACUGCAAUAGGGUUCUUAGGAUACUUAGAAAUAAACACCUUGUGGCUAGAGUUAAAGACGUUUACAGAAUGAUGGGCGAGGCUGGGAUUAAGCCGACGAUUGUUACCUAUAACACCAUGUUGGAUUCAUUCUGCAAGGAAGGAGAAGUGCAACAAGCACUUGACCUUUUGUCAGAGAUGCAAAAGAUAGAGUGUUUUCCGAACGAUGUAACGUAUAAUGUGUUGAUCAAUGGGCUGUCAAAGAAAGGGGAGCUGGAGCAGGCCAAGGGACUGAUCCAGGAAAUGAUGAAAUCUGGAUUGAGGAUUACAGCAUUUACUUAUAACCCUUUGAUUUGUGGGUAUUGCAACAAAGGACUGCUUGAAGAGGCGUUAUGUCUUGAGAAAGAAAUGGUAAUUAGAGGAGCGAAUCCCACCGUGGCUACUUAUAAUUCGUUAAUGUAUGGACUCUGCAAGCGGGGAAGAGUGAUUGAUGCCAGGGAACAGUUUUCCAAUAUGUUAAAGAGAAAUAUAAGGCCGGAUAUAGUGUCAUACAACACUCUAAUAUACGGGUAUUGUAGAUUAGGGAACUUGGGGGAUGCUUUCAGAUUGUUUGAUGAGUUGAGGCAUAGGACUUUCACUCCUACUGUCGUCACCUAUAACACACUUAUGGAUGGUCUUUGCAGAUCCGGAGACUUGGCUGUUGCUCGACAGCUUAAAAAAGAAAUGACCAAUCAAGGAACUUGCCCUGAUGUUUUUACAUAUACCAUCUUGGUAAAUGGAUCUUGCAAGGCGGGAAACUUAUCGAUGGCCAAGGAGUUAUUUGAUGAGAUGUUGCAUAGAGGAGUGAAGCCGGACCGAUUUGCGUACAAUACUCGAAUAGUGGGUGAAUUGACGCUUGGUGACCCUUCCAAGGCAUUUAGCAUGCAAGAAGAAAUACUGGCAGGGGGUUUCCCUCCUGAUUUGUUCACAUACAAUAUUUUUGUGAAUGGGAUUUGUAAAUUGGGCAAUUUGGAUGAAGCAUAUACCUUGUUGCAGAAAAUUGUACGUGAUGGUAUCGUUCCAGACCAUAUAACUUAUACUAGCAUCAUUCACGCUCACCUGGAGAGUGGCCAACUCAUGAAGGCAAGAGAGGUGUUCUAUGAGAUGCUUAGCAAAGGUUUGUCUCCUUCGGUGAUAACUUACACAGUAUUGAUUCAUGCACACGCAGCUAAGGGAAGACUAGAACUGGCAUAUAUGUACUUCUCAGAGAUGCAAGAGAAGCGUGUUUUGCCAAAUGUGGUCACCUACAAUGCGCUGAUAAAUGGCCUUUGUAAAGUGAUGAGAAUGGAUCAGGCUUACAAGUCGUUUGCUGAGAUGGAGGAGAAAGGAAUAGUUCCAAAUAAGUAUACAUACACUAUUCUAAUAAAUGAGAACUGCAACAUAGGCAACUGGAAGGAGGCUUUGAGGUUGUAUAAACAGAUGCUUGACAGAGAGAUCGAGCCUGAUUCUUGUACACACAGUGCACUUUUUAAGCAUCUAGACAAAGACUAUCAGUUGCAUGCAGUUCGGUACCUUGAGAAUUUAAUUUCAAGCUAGUGAAGGAACUGCUCGUUUAAAAUAUUGAUGAGGCUAUUGGUGGAGUUCAAGGUUUAUCAGCUGACUAUUCAAAGAGAGGCAUGUGAUAGUAAGAGGGAUUUCUCAACUCCGAGAGAACUCUGUUGUGUUAACCACCAAAUUCCCUUGAGUUAUACUGCAAGUCAUUUGCUAAAUAGGGUUGCUGAUGUUGAUUGAGGCGUAAAAUGUGGCAAGUAGAACUUCAACUUGAAACAUAACGGCCGCUACAUUCGUUACCCUUCCGGGCAGAAAUGAACACAGGAUUCUUGUUGGUCUGCAUCUCCUCGGUUGCUGCAUGAGGUCAAACUUUGCUUGGGCGUAAAGAAACAGAGCAAUUUCCCGACUUUGCUGAUGUUGAAUGACACCGACGUGUUACAAUUUUUCCAGAACUUAGAUGCAGAAAAAGGAAAGGAACCCGAAGAGGAUCCUUUCCACAGAAAAAUACUGAUAAGAGUUUGAGUUCACACUGUAACUUGGCAUUGAGGAAUACGUGUACGGUGGACCCCAAGAAUCAACUUCGUGAGGCAGUGAAAAAUUAUGCACUGCCAGUCUUGUGUUAGUUUUCUGUAUUACAGCAGCAUUGUGGAUUUCUUUUUCAUUGGAUAACAGAAGACCUUGAAAGACUCUGAAAGAGAUUAUAAGAAAAGAUAUGAAGUAUUUGGAGCUAACGGAAAACUUGGCGCAAAACUUAAUGCAGUGGUAUUCUAAGAUUCAUACAACCAACCUCACCUAGUAAGAUAAGGCUUGAUUGUGGUUUUAUUCUCUUUCACAUCGGAUGUAACAUUAGAAUGGUAAAUGUAAAUUUAUUCACCAUAAGUCACCUCCUACAACUCAA